AUAACAACGUGAAGGUAUUACCAGAAAUAGGUCACAAAGAAGAAAAAGGAAAUGGUGGUUCAACUAUAUACAGUCCUUUUCUCCAGUUUAGGUGUUCCUUUAGAAUGGACGGUACAGUCGCAUAUAGAGUAAACUGGUAUAUUAAUGGAACACUAUGGAUAAAAACAGGGCCUUCGUUUGAAGCGGAAGACCUAGUUUUCAAGGGGGAGAGUUUGAAUGAGCUCAGACUUGGAUACCAGGUCAAAUGUGGGGUGAUAGCAGUAGGAACAAAUGGAUCCAGCGAAUCAUUUAGUGAUGACUUUUACGCUGGGUGGAAGAUUUCAGACACAUCACUAAAACUGAGCAAGAAUGGUCAUGCCUUUGUUGAGGUGGAACAAACCGUACCGUUGGGUUGUGCUCAUACUGUUACUGGGCAAGAAAAGUGCGAGGAAAUGCUUUCACUUGAAGAUCCAAAGCAAACUCCCGAUGUUGCGUGCAAAGCGGGUAUACAUGUCUUAAAUGCAGAUGAUGAUAGCGGUGAUUUAUCAUAUCACAAAAUAAAGAGUUUAAAAAUUGGCGAGAAAUGGAAUGAAAACAAAAAGUACAGAUUCAGAUUGUCAACAAUUGACCAUAACUAUGACGACAAGUUAUAUUUUGAAAUGAAACUUCUGGUAACCAUGACAACUAGACAGACACCUCGCGUACAUAGCGGGCGAGAUACUCUGUUAAUAAGCACAAUUCAGGUUGUUGUAACAAACUCAGAGGUAAACAGGAAUAAACGGUGCUACUCACACGUAGAUCCUCAUAUGCGAACCGCUGACGGGAGGUACUACGAACAACAAAGAGAGGGUGAUCAUAUGCUAUAUAGGAACCUGGCUUAUCAAACGGAGGUUCAGGAAUAUGCAAGAUACUGCAAUCAAGAUUAUACAAACGGUCCAGUAUGUGCCUGUGGUGUAGCAAUAAGAUCUGGUGCAGAUGUUUUCAUGAUCAACCGAUGUGGCAACUUUACAUUUUUGGAUUUUAAGGAAUGCGGAGAUGGAGGCAUUCUUGAUGUUGAACGAGUACAUGACUAUCACUACAAGGUAACAACACCGAUUGGAACUAUUGUGGAUAUCAGUCUUCACAGGUGGGGAAAGACGAUGAAUAUAGAUAUUUAUUUGUCUGCCAAAGAUUUUGGUAAUAUGGACGGCCUCUGCGGGUACUUUGAUGGUGAUAAUACCAAUGAUUUUCGGCACAGAGAUGGUGUUACUGUUUCGAAUGGAAAUAAUGAUUAUGCGUUUUCAAAUAGUUGGAGGCUGUCUGAUGAGGAAAAUUUCUUAAAGAAUGACAAUCGUUUGCUGGAGAAAUGGAAGAAAAACAAUGGAGGUAAUCGUCCGUGCAGCAGGCCUGAAUCGAUAACUAAGAAUAAGUGUAAAUUUGAACGACGAAAGCGGCGCGAGGUUAUCGUUCGCAAAGGAAAAGAAAAAAGUAGACAAGAAAUUAUGCCAGUGGCUGAAAAGAUACGAGAAAAGAGAAGUACUGGCUACGAUAUAUCAGAUGAAAAAGCAAGGACGAUUUGUAACAGUUCUAUAUAUGAAGCACCUGCAGUUCGGGAUUUUUCGGAUAAACUGGCUGAUGAAGACCCAGAGGUCGUUCUUUCUCAGUGUGUUUAUGACAUCGUUCAAGGAAACGACACUGUUUGGGCAGGAGCUCACGUAAACGCCCUAAACAACAUAGCAACAUCAGUAAUCAGUCUUAAUCCUGCGUUUGCUGCAAGCAAUUCCGUGUCAGUUAAAAAGUUUCUUUCACAAACCUGCUUAAAUAACUGCAGUGGACAUGGAGAAUGUUCCGAAAUAGGUUUGUGUACGUGCGGAGGGAAUUUCCGUGGCCCUGACUGUGGGAUAGACCUUAGAAUCCCACCCAUCAUAUAUGAUAUACAAGAUGGCGGAAUGUGUGAUACUGCUAACGACAGUGAAUGUGACUGUUUUGUUAUAAGGACAGAUAACAUAUUCGAAGGUUUUACGUACGAGAUAGAUACAUACGAGUUACUUUUUGAUGGCACAAGAAAACAGAUAGGCAAGUCUGUCAAUGUAGGUGAGUAUGAGGAUGUUUUCACGGGUGUUUGUUGUAUCCCUGAACAACGUAAGAAACGUUCAGUCGAUGACUCGUCGGAUCCUUCUAUAAUGAGGUUUGACGUUGUAAUUAGCAAUGAUGGAAACAACUUUGGACAGAGCAAGUCUGUGUAUGUGUUUGACUCCACUUGCGUACAUUUUGAGCACUCUGGUGGAAUCGUGACCAUUGUUCUAAAGGACGGAUAUUGUUUUAUUGGCGGUGCUUGUGUUGAGCAAAAGUCUACCUUACAAACACCAUCCGGGUGUUAUGUGUGUGAACCCAAGUCAAUCCCGUAUGCUUGGAAACAUGUUUCGUGCGGUAGAGAUAACGCUGGAUUGGCAACUUCUACAUUGGCUGCGGUCAUAACAGGUUCUGUCUUUGCUGGAAUUAUUCUCAUGGCUCUAGUUGUGUAUGUACGGUGCUUCAAGGGGUCAAAGAAACUACGGACUGUAGAAGACAUACAAACAAGUCAAGCAUAUAUGUCACCCGGGCCAGCAAAGAAAUUCUUGGGGUACAAGUGGAUGUCUCCUAACAGAGAAAUGACAGAGUAAAUGUGAACAAAUUCGGCAUUGUCGGAUCUGCUGGACUGAAAACUGUUUUUAUGCGUUUAUUCUUUCACUUAUUUGUCAGUUUGUUACUUAUCUAUGUGAACAAAUACGGCGU